UGAAUAACAUCAAUCAAAAAAAUACCAUCCAACAUUCAUCAAACAAAAAUCACAGCGAAUCUCUUAAGUUUCUGACUUUAUGUGUUCUCGACUUCUAUUCGUUUGAGUAUAGAUUGCACAAGAAAAAUAUAUUGCAGCAAUUUGGAGAGAACUUGCUUUCGCCUAUUGAACCUAAGUUUCAAUAUAUAAUAAUAUGGAUUAAGAACGUCAUAAUUUAAAACCUAGCAGUAGUCAGCAGAACAAAACUUUAGUUUCCUCAUUAAAAUUGGAGACUAAUUAAAGUAAGAUGAACGAAAAUGACCAGAAGGCUUGUUGUAAAUCUGAGUUGGAUUGUGCAGUGUGUUUACAAAAAUGUAAUCAUCCAACACAAUUACCUUGUGGACAUGUUUUUUGUUUCCUCUGUGUAAAGGGUAUUGCCUUUCAAAGCAAAAAGUGUGCAAUGUGUCGAGCUGUAAUUCCUCCCAAUUAUCUGGAUAAUCCAAUAUUACUGGGAACAGUCUCUGAUGAAGAAGUUAAUAUUAAUUCUUCUCAAGAUGAACAUCAGUGGUUCUAUGAGGGUAGAAAUGGAUGGUGGAAAUAUGACGAGCGAAGUAACCUUGAAUUAGAAAGCGCUUUUAAUGGAGGCGACCCUGACUGUACACUGCUUCUAGCUGGAACUUUAUACAUCAUAGAUUUUCAAAGCAUGACACAAGUCAGACGAAGUGAUCAAACAAGACGGCGUCGAGUGCGACGAGAUACGCCACUGUUUCCUUCCAAAGGAAUAGCAGGAAUAAAGACUGAUGAGACAAAUGUAAGGCAAGUCAAAACUGAAGAUGAAGAAUCUGAUGUUGUACAUAUUCCCACUGUGGAAGAAAUUAUAGAAAUUAGUGAUGAUGAAAUUAAUACUUCCAUUAACACACUGCCCAUUCACCCUGAAGAUGUAACUAACAUAGUGGAUAGAAUAAGCUCAUUAAAUCUCCAACAGCCAAAUAGUUCCCGCGAUAUCACCGACGAAGAUACCUGAUUGUAAAGCAUAUUAUUUACUUACAUUAUUUUGUCAUUUCAAUAUGUCUAUGUUUUAUUAUUGUAUUUUAAUACACUAAAUAAUAUUUAUUGUUA